AGACCCCUCAUUGUAAUGGAUCCAAGUUGAGAAAAAAUAAACUCCUACUUUGCAUUCUCUCUCUCUAAAACUUAUAUUAUUCUUUAUUCUCGGUGGUUUAUAGCCAUCAAAUUGGUGCUUUCAUUGAGAGCGAGAGGAACAUACUCGUAGGUUAAUUCCCGGAAGCGAGAAUGGUGCAAACAAGGAGCAACGUCCCUACCACAAGCCACGUCGGCGGCGAAGAGAACGCGCCGGCCAGCAGCAACGGCACGGGAGGCAUCGGCUCGACUCCUGACGCGGUCCAGGCGCUGUUCGGCCUGGGGGUGACCACGGAGCAGCUUCAGGCGGCCGUUGCGGCACUUUCCGCCAUGGGUGGAAACGUGCCCGGCGCCGGAUCUGGAAAAGCUCCGCCCGGUCCCCACGCCGAACACGCUGCCACUUCCCAACACAAGGGGAAGAAGACCCGGAGGAGUAGAAGGAGGGCCUGCAAGGCCCCGGCGAUUGAGGAGGUGAUCGUGGAGGACGUCCCGGAAGAAGAAGAGGAUGAAUCCAGCGAAGGCCGAGUGUCAGCCUUUAGACGCUUGGGAGGCGAAGAAACCCGGGUGUCGGCCUUCAACAGGCUCGACCGCAGACCGGAAGGUCACCUGGGCGACCUCCGCCGACAAAUAAACGAAGGUAGGCGGAGGCAUGCUGAGGAGUCUGCAACAUCGGAUGCUCGCUCGGCGAGGCCCGAGCGGAGCGGAGAGAGGCGGGACGAGCGCACCCAGCGUCGCCAUAGCCCGACGAGAACUGAGAAGAUGAAGGUCUCUGACCAAGGGGUAUCUCGGCUCGCUCGUGAGAUUGCCGAGCUCAAGCGCCGAGUGGAGACCAGAGAUCCCUACAGCCAGCCCAUCUUGCGGACGGUGACCCCGUUCACUCCGAGGGUCAUGUCGAUUCCACUACCGGCAAACUUUCGGCCGUGGCAGAUCAAGGCCUACAACGGAACGGUGGACCCCCAAGAUCAUUUGUCUAAGUUCUACGCUCCUAUGGAAGCGGCGGCAGCCCCGGACGAGGUCAAGUGCCGAUGCUUUCUCGCGACGCUGGAGGGCUACGCGUGCGAUUGGUUCAACCGGCUCCCGAAGGGAACCAUUGACGAUUGGGAUACGCUGGCGGAGAAGUUCUUGACGCAUUUCACGGCCAACCGAAGGCAGAGGCUACCUUACUCCCACCUGCUCAACAUAUGCAUCCGCAAGGGAGAAAAGGUCCGCGACUUCAUAGUCCGGUGGGAGAAGGAAGCCAGAGACGUGCACGGGGCGGAUGACCAAGCGUUGGUUGCCAUGUUCCAAGCAGCCCUUCCCCGCGGAGAGGUGAGGAAGGAGUUCGACGACGCCCCAGACCCUGAGGCCGCGCCAUCCAAGCGAGCUCCAGCGGACUCGGGAGAGACCGCGAAGAAGAGGAAGAAGAAGAAAGACUAUACCGCGGGCCCGAGGACGCCCUCGGCCGGAGUGUACUCCGUGGGCGUCCCCGUGGGGACGGGUCGAGAGCUUGCCCUCUCCCCGCUCCCCCACAAUGAAAUGCAGCGACUCAUCGCCCGAGGACCGCCUCGGCGAGACGAUGCGGCUACCCCCUCCCGGGGGCCGCCGGAAGGAAGAACUUGGAGGAAGUCGACUGAGCCAGUCGCAGUGGCGACGAAGGCAAGGAACCCCGAGAAGAGGCACAUCGGGCGGGAGUGCGACGAUCUAGACGAAGACGAAGCCCAAGGAUAUCCAGUGGGAUUUAUCCAUGGGGGAAACAUUGGCGGGGACUCCGUCGCUCAGAGGAAGAGGUGGAAGCACAUGGCCUUUGUCGCCAAGGUCCAUCAGGCGCCGGUGCCCAAGCUCGGAAGACGAGAGCAGAUCCAAUUCAUGGAGAAGGAUCUUCCGAACACGCCGAGUCCCCACCGGGAUGCCUUAGUCGUGAAGAUAGAGAUCAACGACGCCAUAGUACACCGCACCUUGGUGGACACGGGAAGCUCAGUCAACAUAAUGUAUGAGAAAACAUUCCAAGACCUCGGUUUGAACCGCAAGGACUUAAGGCCUGUGCGCACUCCUCUCUCCGGAUUCACGGGGGACUCCAUCGAGGCCGAGGGAGUUAUCGCCGUGCCCGUGAUAGUAGGGGAUGGUGCGCACAAGGCCAAGCUAAAGAUGGAGUUUAUGGUUGUGAGCAUCAACUGUGCGCAUAACAUGAUUCUGGGACGGCCCGGCCUUGAGGACUUGGAAUGUGUGAUCUCCCCGUACUACUUGUGCAUGAAGUUCCCCACUCCGUGCGGGAUCGGGGUGGCGAGGGGAGACCAGAAGUUAGCUCGAUCGUGCUACGUCCGUAUCACGAAGAAGUUACCAAGGGAUGAGACGCUGGUCGUGCAUGCGCAGGAGGAAAUGCGCAAGCUGGAAGCUCGGCCGAAGGUCGAGCCCGCCGAGGAAGUCGAGGAAGUGCCGCUCGACCCGCAGAUACCCGAGCGGAAGGUUAAGGUCGGGGCGAGCCUGACGACGAGCCAGCGGAGGCACUUGGUGGAAGUGCUCGCCGCCUACCGCGUGAUCUUCGCGUGGGGACCUGGGGAUAUGCCGGGGGUGGACCCCAAGAUCAUAUGCCACCGGUUGGCAGUCAACCCGGAGUCUAGGCCGGUGAAGCAGAAGAAGCGUUUCCUCUCGUCCGAGCGGAGGGAGUUUGUCUCCAAGGAAGUGACCACCCUCCAGAGCAUUGGGCAUAUCAGAGAAGUCAAGUACCCAGAAUGGAUGGCGAACCGGUUGACGCCCUACUUCCAAGCUCACCCGGUUCAAGUGCUCUCCCAGCAGCCCAUAGGUGCGUUGCUCAGGAGUCCGAACGCGCCCUCUCGCAUGUCCAAGUGGGCGGUGUUCCUUGGAGCCUUCCUGAUCGAGUUCAAGCCAAGGCCAGCAAUCAAAGGCCAAGCGCUGGCUGACUUCGUGGUAGAAUGCACCGCUCGAGAAGAGCCGAGCGCGGAACUUGAAAUCAACGAUUGGUGGACAGUUUUUACCGACAGCUCCUCCGCCGCCAAAAACUCGGGGGGUGGAGUGGUAGUCAUCGCUCCCGAAGGCUUCAGAGCAUAUUACUCAGUCCGAUUCGGCUUCAAGGCAUCAAAUAAUGAGGCGGAAUAUGAAGCGCUCUUGUGCGGGUUACGUCUGGCAGCCGGGAUGAACGCGACAAAGCUAAGGAUAAAGUGUGAUUCGAAGUUGGUUGUUGGCCAUGUGUCGGGAGAGUUCGAGGCGAAGGACGAAAGAAUGAAGAAAUACAGAGAUACGGCUCUAGAACUACUUAAAAGCUUCACCGCGUAUAGUGUCGAGCAGAUCCCUCAGGCGGAGAACGUCGAGGCGGAUAUCUUGUCGAAGCUGAGCUCAGACACGCCCGAGCACAUCAGGCGAAUGGCGAAUGUGGAAGAGCUGUCCGAGCCGAGCAUCCAUGCCUUCCCCGUGGCAAUGAUCUGUGCUCAGCCAAGAAAUUGGACGGACGACAUAGUAGCCUUCCUGAAGGAUGGCACCCUCCCAAACGAGUCGAUGAAGGCCAAGUUGGUCCGGACAAGGGCACCGGGGUAUACCUUGGAAGGCGAGAAGCUAUACAAGCGAGCAUACAACGGGACGCUACUCAAGUGCCUCCGACCGGCCGAAGCGAAACAAGUCUUGGGGGAGAACGCAGCGGUGCUGUCAUCUUUGUGUGAGGUCGCCGGAGCUAGCCACAAUCCUCGCCGGAAGUUUCGCCGGAAAAUCUUCAAAACCUCCAUUAAGCUUCAAGGUAAGCCCGUUGAUAUAUCUAGUGACUAGAAUGUUCGUAUAGAUCGUUUCUACGUUCAUAAACGGUCGUUUGGUUGAGUUUUGUGUUUGACAUGUUUGAAGAACCAAGAAUCAUAAACUUUGAAUUUGAUG